CGUCUGUCUGCAUUUAAGGACAUCAGUUCAAACGUAGGAUUAAAUCAAAAUAACUACUACAAGUCACAAAGAAGGAGUCUGUGUUUAUAUUUUUUAAUAAUAAUCUUUAAACAAUUGGAAAGACUAUGGAAGAACAAAUUUUAUCGGAAUCGGAAAUAAAAAUCGAAGAAGAAGAAAUCAAUGAAGAUUGUGACAGUAAUAAUGAGAGAAAAAAGAUUAAAAARUYAUUAAAAUACAAAAAGCCUCGAAGGGGCAGGCCGCCAGCAAACGCGAAACAUGAAAAAGUCCUGUCGCCACCAUCUGAUCACACUGACAAGUCAUGGAAAGAAUAUCUAAAAUUAGAAAACAGUCUAGAGACAUAUUAUUGUACACAGUGUUCUUUUGAAACAAAGUGGAAAUGUUAUUUAAAAAAUCACGUUAAAAAAAUCCACUCAUCGCCUGAAGAGGCUAGAAUUUAUAAUUGCCUGCAAUGUAAAUUUACAACCAAAUGGAAAUUUAGUCUCAAUAAUCAUAUGAAAGUGCACAGUCCUCCUGGUACUAUUAAGAUGCAUAAGUGUUCCAAAUGCAACUACCAGACAAAAUGGACUAAUGGACUUAGUAGUCACAUGAAAGUACACAUGCUUCCCAAAGUAAUGAAAGUCAAUAUUUAUAAAUGCAAUGAAUGUGAUUUUGAAUGUAAGAAUAAGUUAGACUUGGCACAUCAUGAAAAGAUGGAUCAUAAUCCGUUGCAGACGGUGUAUAAAUGCCCUUUGUGUUCGUUUCAGACCAAGUUUAGACAUGGAGUAAACAAACACGUAAAAGUUCAUAAUACAGUCAAAUUAAAUAAUACAUAAUUAAGAAAAAAAGAGAAACGUUUCUAGUCACAUAGCUUGUCAUUAUUACCUCAAUUUUUGUUGUAUUUUUGCUUAGUGUAUUUAUUUAAAAUAAAGCUUUGAUAUUGUUA